AUGCCUUCGCAAAGUCACCACCCUCAGUCUAUACCUUUACGUGUUCUUGCAGUAGGCUCUGUCUAUGAAGACAUUAUUCUAUACGUUGACAAGUUCCCGCCUGAAGACGGAAAACAACGCGCGCAACGAGUGGAAAAGCGGCGUGGUGGGAAUCCUGGAAAUACGCUGACUGUGUUAUCGCAGUUUCCAUUGUGUCAAUCUUAUUUAAUGGCGUCUAUGGCGUCAAAAGAAGCAUCUACUUUUUUGGUGCAAGAUUUCGAGGCACAUAACAUCAAGACUUCGACUUCCCUUUUUCGUUCUAACGCCUCUCACGCGCCGGUAGCGUAUAUAAUUCAUGCAGAAAAGACCAGUUCAAGAACCAUAAUAAAUUAUAAUAGUAUCAAUGAACUGACAUUUGAAGAAUUUAAAAGAAAAUUUGAGGAUGCCUGUGCUGAGGUUAUGACUGAUUUGGAUCAAGAUAUACCUUUCAAUUGGAUACAUUUCGAGGGGCGUAAUACGGAAGAAGUAGCUAAAAUGAUGGACUAUAUUGACACUAAAACAUGGCGGGACCGAUGUAUUAUAAGCGUGGAAUUGGAGAAACCGCAUCGAGAGGGACUUGAAGAUUUAAUGUAUCGGGCAGAUGUAGUUUUCUUCUCGAAAAUUUUUGCUGAAGGAAAAGGCUAUGAUCAUGCCGGUAACUUUCUUCAAGUUAUGGGGCCAUAUUGUAAAAAGACUGCAUACUUAUUUUGCACGUGGGGUAGUUCUGGUGCGUCAUGUUUUCAUAAUCCAACACAAAAACUUUUCACCGCUUCCGCAUUACCAAUACCGAGUGUAGUCGAUUCUGUUGGUGCUGGGGACACAUUUAUCGCCGGUGUGAUAUAUGGAUUAACGCAAGAGAUGCCUCCAGAAGGAUGUUUAAGAUUUGCGUGUGAAUUGGCUGGACGUAAAUGUGCUCAAAUUGGAUUUGAGAAAAUUAUUGAGAAGAUGAGUCAAUUUAAUCCGUGA